AUGUCGCGCAUUGAUCAGAAUGAAUACGACAGCCCUCCCGGCUUGGGGUUCAUGCGUAAUUCCGCUGAGAGGGAAGCGCUGCAUUCGCUGCAUCGCAGUAGCACUCCGAAGCCGUCAUUUACAUCAGCGGACCGGAGGACAUCCGGAACGCUUUCAAACUAUCCGUUAUACACAAGCACGGUGCCGAGAUCAGCAGGCGUGGACUGGGAGCCUUCCUCUGCAUGGGAUGGAUCUCGACCAAACACAAACAAUGCUCAGACAAGCGCGAUCCAAGCCUCUACCAGCUCACCUUUCUCUCUCUUCAACCACCAUCAUCCCUCUUCCUCCCCGUCGUCCUCGCCGUUGUUCUCGCUCAACGACCGCGUCGACAGAGAUACCUUCCGUGCGACCCAUCAUUCUCCUCCCGCUCCCGUAGCCCAGCCCGUUGCCUCUAACGCAUCUCGCUCUACUCUUUGGUGGGGCGAACUAGAGUCCUGGAUGGACGAAGAAUACGCCAAGCAGGUCUGUUCACUCAUGAGCUGGGAUCCGAUAGGUAUCAAGGUACCCCAUCCGGCCCCUGACCCCGCCACAGGCCAGCAAGCCAACAAUCCCGGCUACUGUUUCCUUACCUUUCCUACUCCCGCCCACGCCGCUUCUGUGCUCUCCCAGGUCAAUUCCACCAACAGCGGGUCUUCCGCCCUUACCAUGCCAAAUUCGACGAAACCUUUCGUCCUCAAUUGGGCGUCUUCCGUCCCUUCGACUACCCCAGUCACAGCCUCAUUUCCCGCUCCCAACAUACUAGGUUCUCCUCAGUAUCCUAAGGAGUAUAGCAUUUUCGUCGGCGAUCUCGCACCGGAGACGUCCAACUCGGAUCUUGUGGCUGUUUUUCGGAAUCCAGUUCUCGGUCUUCGUAGCGAUCGUGAACCUAAAUUCAUACGCCCUUUCCUCAGUUGUAAGAGUGCCAAAAUCAUGCUGGAUCCGGUUACUGGGGUCUCCCGAGGCUAUGGCUUUGUAAGAUUCACUGAUGAAAAGGACCAGCAAAGAGCUCUUGUUGAGAUGCAUGGUCUAUACUGUCUCUCGCGACCAAUGAGGAUAUCACCAGCUACUGCCAAGUUCAAGCCCCCUCCCAUGAUGCCUCCUCAUGAACUUCCUCAAGUCAAAUUUCCGCUCUCAUCUGGUGUCGGUGGCCAAGAACAGGCGUUUCCGCCCCUAUUCGCCGCGACCACCUCGAACUCUUCCCUCAACUCUGCCGGCUCGGGAACUUCAAUAGAAGGCUCGAGUUCUGGGACUACCCUUAGCUCGGGUACUGGGUCCAGCAGUAGUAUAUCAUCUUCCACAUUCAGCGCCAAUACUGCUGAGGACUUGAUGAAUCUUCCGGACCACGUUCUAGCCCAAAUCGCUCAGCAUUUGCGCAAGAUCGAGCUCAGAGGUCAGCAGAUUCAGGUCCCAACUGGGGAGCAACUCACGUCAACGGACCCGUAUAACACGACGGUCUUUGUUGGAGGGUUGUCGCCGCUCAUUUCCGAGGACACUCUUAGGACAUUUUUUGCACCGUUUGGUGACAUUCAUUACGUCAAGGUUCCCGUUGGUAAACACUGUGGUUUUGUUCAGUUUGUUCGCAAAUCAGAUGCCGAACGUGCCAUCGAGAAGAUGCAAGGGUUUCCCGUAGGAGGCAGUCGAAUUCGUUUGAGUUGGGGCCGCAGUCAAUAUAAAGCGGCACAGGCUGCUGCCCAAGCAGCGCAGACCGCGGCGCUACAAAGUCAGAUGACCUCCUUCAUGAGCCCUCUUUCGUCGGACCAGGCUGUUCAAGUCCUUUCAAGGCUGGGAUAUCUCACUCCUCCGAAAGACAAUGUCUCAUUUUCGAUAGAGGACAGGUUGCGCUUCCUCGGCCUUCCUCGGGAAAUUCCGCAUCCUUUUGACACCAACUAUGCGCCGGCUGUUUUCGCAAACGAAGUUCAGCCUCCGACAAUAUCACAGUUCGCCCCGUUCUCAGCCCGAACCCGGCCAUUUGCCUCUGGGUUUUAUCCCAUGUCAUCUGAGGACGUAAAGGGCAAUGAAACAGACACUGGGAGCGGGACAACAGUGAAGCCUUCCUCUGCGGCACGUUCUGGAGGCAGUACACGAUACGGACCAUUCCUGAGCAGCUCUCCUCCUGCCAAUCGAGCCCCUGGGCGCCCUGAGCGCCCUAUCUCACGUCCAUCGUCUGGACAAACGUCAGCGCGAGAGAUUGUUGCGCAAGAGUUGGAUGCUAUGCACGAUCUGAAUGGUACUUUAGCCAGCCUCGACCUCGAUCGUGACCGACCUUGGAAGUCUCCCGCCGAGAGUUCGGAUAGCGGAGGAUCAGUUCAGUUCCAAUUGACCAUGAACGGAUCUCCUUCACCCUGAUGGCCGUCUCCUUUUCACUCGGUAUGUUUCUUACGAUUCGAUUCGCAUAAGCUCCUUUUUUUGCCCCUCGUUGGAUAUAACGCCCUCAUCGCGACGCAUAUUUCUUAUCUUUUGGUUGGAGAUGAUUUUCGUUUUCAUUGCUACGUCCAUGUUUCGCUAUCCAAAUUCUUUAUAUCUUCGUUUCCUACUCUCUGCGUACGAAAGCGAGACCCGUUUAUACGCCCCGCUUUUUGCAUUUUAAUGGUGUUGCCCAUUUUAUAUAUAUAUCAUCUCUCUGUCUCUCUUCGCUAUCAGACUCGAAUUCGUUUUCACAAGUACAUACACAUCAUCCACACUAGCUCCUCGUACAGUCCUAACGUUUUGUUUUGUUGUCUCUGUUGGAAAUAUCUCUGUCUUUAUAUAAAACUCGCGCCUGUUUUCAGCUGCCACGAUAAGUAAUACCAUAUAAAUACAACUCAACUUCGUUACUGAUGUUUGAAAUAUCAAA